AUGUUAGAUGAUUUCACCAGCUGUAUUAUAGCAUUGUAUAGAUUGUCUUUUGCUGUAGGAAUAGCAUCAUUGUAUAUUGCCAAGGUAUAUAUUCCUGACUUUUUAGAAUAUGGAAAAACUUUAAAGAAUCAUUCAAGGAAGGACAUUAAUCCUUUAUUAGACCAAGUUAUCCAUUUCACUCUACCAAAAGCAUAUUUCAGUCAUUUUUAUAUUUUGUCCCUUACUCUUUCAAUAAUCACUGUUGUGAGAUAUUAUCAAUACCCCAUUACUUGGAUUUUACUAUUCCACUCUUCUAGAAGAUUAUAUGAAACACUUUUUGUUUCAAAAUAUACAGGAUCUAGAAUGAAUUGGUCACAUUACGUCGUUGGGUUGUGGUUUUAUUCUGUAUUACAUAUUAUACUAAAUACUAAAUUAGCCUCCAAUGAUAUUAAUUCUAAUCUAAAUAUGAUAUCAUUAUGCCUCUUUUUGUAUUCUUCGAGAGAACAAUUUAAAAGCCAUCAAAUUCUGGCAAACCUGAAAAAAUAUUCUUUACCUCAAGAUAGAUUGUUUCAAUAUGUAUGUUCUCCUCAUUAUCUUUGUGAGAUUGGUAUAUAUCUAUCUUUUGUACCGUACAAUCUCGAAUUUCUUUUUCCAUUAAUUUGGGUUAUUGCAAGUUUAAGUGUAUCAGCUGCAGAAACUAAAAGAUAUUACCAAGAUAAGUUCAAAGACAAUGUGGUUCCCAAAUAUGCCAUUAUUCCGUAUAUUCUUUAA